GGUCGCGCUCGCGUCGCCGCUUGACUGACAGACUGCAGAAGCGCGCGCUGGGGUGCGCGUGCGAAGUGGUAUCUCCAAGCGUGGUCCGUUAGCCCUCUCCCAGACGGACCGGUUCGGCCUCGCCGGGUGUCAAUGGGUAUCCCUUCACAUGCAGCCGCAGCUUAAGCGACAGCGCCCUCCGAGCUCCAGAAACCAGGGCAAGACGGGAAAGGAAUGGUGGAGGGGGGGGCGGCAAAGAGAGCUGCUCCCCCAGUCAUGCUGAUCUGACACAGAGCUGGGGUUUGGCGAGGUGCGCUGCUGCAGCGAUGACGAGGGUGACAAUGACGCUGCAGAGCUAGGAGGCAGAUGGUGUGGGAACAAUGGAGCUCCCCAAUGGCCAGUCAGGCGUCGGCGCUUAUGCUGCCACGGCCUCAGAGAGAAGCAGCAGCUCGGAGUCUCUCAGUGACAAGGGGUCAUCUGAGCUAAAGAAGAGCUUUGACGCUGUCGUGUUUGAUGUCCUCAAGGUCACACCAGAAGAAUAUGCGGGACAGAUCACACUCAUGGAUGCUCCAGUGUUCAAAGCCAUCCAACCGGAGGAGCUGUCAAGCUGUGGAUGGAGCAAGAAAGAGAAGCACAGUUCAGCCCCUAAUGCCGUGGCCUUCACCCGUAGGUUCAACCAGGUCAGCUUCUGGGUAGUCCGAGAAAUCCUGCAUGCUCAGACUCUGAAGAUCCGAGCCGAAGUCUUGAGCCUUUACAUUAAGACUGCAAAGAAACUGUGUGACAUUAACAACCUGCAUGCGGUGAUGGCUGUAGUGUCAGCACUGCAGAGUGCCCCCAUCUACAGACUGACCAAGACGUGGGCAUUGCUAAGCCGGAAAGACAGGGCCACCUUUGACCGGCUGGCAUACCUGAUGUCCAAGGAGGACAACUACAAGCGCCUAAGGGACUACAUCAGCAGCCAGAGUAUGACGUCCUGUAUCCCCUACCUGGGGAUGUAUCUGUCGGACUUGACCUACAUAGACUCGGCCUACCCCUCCACCGGCAGCAUCCUGGAGAGUGAGCAGCGAUCAAACCUGAUGAACAACAUCCUGAGGAUCAUCUCUGACCUGCAACGCUCCUGUGAAUACGAUAUACCAGUGUUGGCCCACGUCCAGAAGUAUCUCAGCUCUGUUCAUUACAUCGAGGAGCUUCAGAAGUUUGUAGAGGAUGACAACUACAAGCUGUCCUUAAAGAUUGAGCCUGGCACCAGCACCCCUCGCUCCGCAGCCUCCAGGGAGGACCUCGCAGGUCCGGAUACAUCCUCUCCCCAGUGUGGCCGGAGAGGAACCUCAGCAGACGGCGCCUUGGCCAAAGGGCCGGCCACGCCCCCUUCACCACGAAGCCUCAUUCCCUACGGACACAGGAAGUGCCGCAGCCUAGGAUACAACUUCAUCCACAAGGUAAACACGACCGAGUUCAAGAGCGCCACCUUCCCCAAUGCCAGCUCCAGGCACCUGCUGGACGACAGCGUCCUGGAGAGUCACACAUCCGCCCGGGGCCAGGCAGAGAGCUCCACACUAUCCAGCGGCAUCUCGCUCGGGAGCAGUGACGGCUCAGAGCUUAGUGAGGAGAUGUCCUGGCCCGCUUUCGAAAGGAACUGCUUCUAUCACUCCCUGGGCCCUGUGACCAGGGUGGCUCAAGUUCCUUACAGAGGAGCCCAGAAAGCUGGCAGCUCUGCGGAAUCAGAGGAGCUGGCCAUACACCUGUUCCCAGGGGCUGUGACGGUACAGGGGGUCCUGCGGAGAAAGACCCUGCUAAAGGAGGGGAAGAAGCCCGCGGUAGCAUCGUGGACAAAGUACUGGGUGGCUCUGUGUGGAACGCAGCUAUUCUACUACCCCGCCAAGGCUCUGAAGGCCACGCAGAGAAAACACUUCAAAUCCACCUCCAGCAAGAGCGUGUCAGUGGUAGGCUGGAUGUCCAUGAUGGCAGACGACCCCGAGCACUCAGAUGUCUUCUUGCUGACUGACUCUGAACGCGGAAAUACUUACAAGUAUCAGGCGGGAAGCCGGGCGAAUGCUCAGCUGUGGUUUAAGCACCUGAGUGCAGCCUGCCAGAGCAACAAGCAGCAGGUUCCUGCAAACCUGAUGUCCUUCGAGUGAGCAUCCCACCCACGGAGCCCGCAGCAGUGUGACGACUUCGCCUCCCACUGCCCUUACCAGAGCCUGCCCACCUGCCACUGCUGCCUUAAGGCUGGAGGGGCUUUGCCUGCUGCCUCUGGCUGGAUUAACCACUGACCACAGGACCAUGCUGCCCUGCAGCUCCAAAAUGCUGCUUUAGGCCUGUUUCCUUUUCCUCGUAAACAUGUGGGGACCUUGGAACGGAUGCGGAUCGCAUCGCGUGGGACCUCAGUGUCGUCUGGCCUCCUCUUUGCUUGCCAGCUGGACCUAGCCUUCCCAUUACCGUUUCUUUUUGUCCUGCCCGUGUUGCAUUGUAGACUAGUAAAUGGGCCCAGGUAUUGGCCCCAGAGGGACGCCUGCUUAGUGGUGCGCACUAAACCUGGGGUGCCUGGGAGAAGUUUACGGAGCAAACACCAUUUGUCCCUCUGAAGCCCUUCCUCAUUGUAGGGGUUGAGUAUUUUCACAGCUGGUUGCUACUGAAGAAAGAAGCAUGAAACAGGAUUUUCAGUUGCCAUUUUUUGGGGGCGCCUUUUGCUUUAUUUGUGAACGGACUCGUCGUUGCAGCUUUUUAAGCACUUUCGGAAUAUUCAAAUAUUCAGUUCUCUUCCUUUAUAAGUAUACACUCUCUGGGUAAAUUUAUAAAUAAGAAUUCAAAUACUGUAGGUACAAUGUAUGUUUUUGUGAUCACGUUUUGAUUAGUUCAUUCAUUCAUUUUUUUUAGAAACUUUUUUUUUCUGCCAGCAUGAAUUCCUUCAAUGAACAUUUAGAUCAAACCUUGUUAAUGAGACCUUCACAGUGAGCAGCUGAAAGACUAUGGAGGAUUGCGAGUGAGUGAGCGUGUUUCACGAGGAUGAGUGAAACAUGAGCUCUGUGACGUACCGUCACCUGUAAAAACACACGCUUAUCAGCUACACAAAGUACAGACGUUUCCUUUAUCUUUUACUUAGCUGUGUUUGAGUGUUCUCCAGUAUUAUUUUUUUACGGGAAUAUUGUUCAUGCAUUCGGUUGUUUAGCUAUUACAUUUAUUUGCCAUUUGAGUGUCUUAUGUACCAUUUCUCAUUACUUGACUUUUUUAAAUGUGCAUUUGAUAUGUUGAUCUGUGACAGCCAGCACUCACCCUGAUGGCCUUCGCAGGGCGGUCUGGGCACAUCACAUGUAGGAUCAUACAAACGUCAUGUUCUUCCUGACGCUAUUAAGCAAUGUUAAGCUGACUUCAGACCCUAACGUACGCAUAGACCUCAACAACUCAAGCCCUGCUAGUUCACUAUGAAUUUUUAUUUUUAAUGUAAAAGGCACAAAUCCUUAUAUCUAUGUUUUUCAAAUAUUGCCGGCAUUUUGCUUCCAUUUGUGAAUUUGAAUUUGUAUCUUGGCAGUCAAAUUGGUGUGAAUUACACUUUUAGGGGCUGGGUGCUUUGUGGACAUUGCAGUAGAAGAAAAUUAUAGUUAUUUUGAAAAUGAAUCCAAGGGUCGGUUUCACUAUUGGGCCCCUGAGCAAGGGCCUUAACCCCAAAACGCUACAGGGAUUGACUGACCCUGCACUCUCAAAAUGCACAUUGCUUUGGAUUAAUGGCUCUGCUAAAUAAGGAAAAUGUAAAUAUAAGAUAUAACAUGAAUAUUAUGCAACACAAAUUGGCAGUACAAAAAGCAAAGUAUUUAGAUUUAGUUUUAGUUUUUUCUAUGAAAUUGUCAGGCUCAGAAUUCUGUAGACAGGUUCAUUUGGGUGCCAUGAGGGUUGCAGAGAGGGAGCAGUGAGCACCAGGACACUAGAUGAGGCAGUAAGGCAGCCAUUGAUUGGAUGAUGUCGGGGGAGGGUGGGGUCAAAAAGCCGAGCGUGUGCAUUAGGCUGUUGUGUUAUCAUUUAGCCCAGUGUACGCACAUGCCAGUGCUUGUUUCUAAUUGAGAUUUAACCAGUAGCUCCCAGACCCAGUUCGCUGUGAGAUAUUGUGUGUUAUUCUGUUUGUGCCAAGGGCGAGUUAGGUAGCCUCUCCAUAAAAUGUCACUAUGGACACCAUUUCUCCAAUGCGUCGUUCUGAGUAAAGCAACUCUGUAGGUAAUUUGGUGCAUCUCCAGCAUGGUAACAAGAAAGAGAAAAGGAUACCUUUAAAGGUGUAAAUGAUCUACAAGGGAUCUGUGAACAGGCCAUGCUUGGCCCCUUACUGCACCGGCUUUGUUCAGUGGUUAAAAGGGGAGUUUGUGGUGAGUAGGAGUCCUGACAUGACACUGAGUGAAGACCAGGGGUACCUGCACUAACCGGAGAUUUGUUGUAACUUCUGGGACUAUUUGCACACCAGACACAUGAAUGGAUUGGCUUUUAAGGAGUCUAAAUAAAGACAUGGCUUUAAAUAAUAAAUCCCCCCACCCCAAUUCUAGUAAUAAUUUGUCCAAAUCUUAACAGAAUUUUUUUCAUGAAGUUUAUGUUUGUGAUCUACAAAAUACAUCUACAGAUGCACAUGUACAGUCACGCCUGUGCUUGACAGAAAUGCUGAUGUGUACAUUGUGCUGCUUGCUGCCCAUUACUGAGCCUGAGAUUGGCACGUAAUGCUGGACUGGUUAGUAACUUGACCGAUGAUUGUGUUACUGAGUGUCAUCAGGCUGCCGAGUCACCGUCAGUCACCUCCCUGGCCUUCCAGUCUCACACCCAGAUGGGUGGCUGCCGGGGUCAGUGUUUCACACAGGCUGUAUGUCCCAGGUGAGCACAAUGACCUUUGAACUGAGUGAUGUGCUCAUGGGUACAAGGCAGGUCAAAACAAUCCUCCUUUUUUAAGUUUGGGUUUUUUUUUUUUAAUUCCUGAAAGUGGAAUGUGAAGAUAAAAUACCCAAAUAUGUAUGAGUGAAUAAACAUCAUGAUAUUGUGUUUGCACAACAGUAAGCAUUUGAAGAUUUUAGGUACAGGCCUGACUAGAUUUUUCCUACUGAAAUAAAAAUGUACUUGGAUUGUUGAA